AUGGAUUUUGCCCCAUACCAAGAUGAGAAUCCCGAAAGUAACCGCGCCCUAUCCCCCCCACUUGGGGGGCGCCGUUCCUUCUCCCCAAACGAAGGCCGCCGCUCAUACUCCCCCGCCAUCCCCAACAACGCACCCCGACUGACAGCAACCCCCUGGGCUCCCCGAGCCUCCACCGACGAAGCCGUUUCGCCGCAGGGUUUUGGGAAUAGCGGGAAUGCAGGCCGAGAUGUCGAGGCGGGACGGGGCAGGCUAAACGAAUUCGAGACGAGCUUACCCAUCCGGAUGGAUUUGGAGGCAUGUUUGGCAUACCUGCUACUACCUCCUGCCGGAGGUGUGCUCCUUUUGCUAUUCGAGCAGAAAAGUGAUUAUGUUAGGUUCCACGCCUGGCAAUCCUCGCUACUAUUUUCAGCAUUAUUCGUCCUACAUCUGAUCUUCUCCUGGUCAUCUUUUCUCUCCUGGCUUUUCUUCAUUGGAGAUUUGGGACUCAUAGGCUACCUAACAUCCCGAGCGUAUAGGGAUGCGGAUAUGCUGGAUCGAUACCAAGUGCCUUUCUUUGGCCCUCUUGCGAACUCAAUUCUGGACGACGAGUAG